GACGCAGAUCAAUAUUCAACAUGGAUGCGCCCAGGUAUCAAAGUCCACUGAGUUGGUGAUCCUGCUCUUUACUGAAAGUCUUGGGUUUGAUAAAUAAAAACUAUACUAUGGCAGCUAUUCUGAAGCACUGGAGAGAAGCGGCUACUUUGAUCUUAGUUGCCAAAAGAGCUCCAGCGAUUACUGGUAUCGGCAACCAGAUAGAAAAGUGUACAAGAAAAAAGUAUGAUUACGAUAUUUUGAUGUUGAAAAGAAGCAGCAAAAGUAAGUUCAUGCCUAAGCUGUACGUAUUUCCUGGAGGUGCUGCCCACGAUGUUGACUUUUCGAAAGAAUGGGUUAGUGUUUUCAAAGACUGCAACAUAGAUAGGUUGUUUGAAUUCAUGAAGCGUGGAGGAACUGGGCAAUAUAUGUUUAGCAGACGACGCACUCCAGAAUUUGAACACGUACCAAGUGAGCUAGCCUUUCGGAUUUGUGCUAUACGAGAAACAUUUGAAGAAUCUGGAGUUCUUUUAGUGAGAAAUGCUGACGGGUCACUGCAAAGCAGUAACCUAGACGAAGUUCCUGUCUUUGGCAAAGUUAGCAGUCUUUCAGAUUCAGUUAUUCAAUCUUGGAGGCAGAGAGUGAAUAAAGAUGCCAAAGAGUUCUUAAAAAUGUGCCAGGAAUUGCAGGUCGUGCCAGACGUUUGGUCACUCAAUGAGUGGGCUAAUUGGUUGACCCCUGUCAUAAUGCGUUCUGGUGAGAGUCGGUCAAACAGACGGUUUGAUACUGCAUUCUACCUGUGUGUCUUGGACCAUAUGCCUCCAGCUAUUCAAGAUAAUACAGAAACUGUGCACGCAGAGUGGUCCUCUCCUGACAAAAUCAUGAAUGAUCGUUCCGAAGAAGGACUAGCCCCACCACAAGUGUACGAGCUUUGUCGAAUGCUCCACUUCACCUGUGCUGAGAAACUUAACCACUUUGCAUGGACAAGGGCUCAGACUUGCAGUCGUGUAGAGAGAUACUUCCCCGUUCUAUUACGCUGUAAUGAUGGGGUGGUUGUCGUCUAUCCAGGUGAUGAAUUGUACCCAGAGGAACCCGACUGUGAGGGGAAGAACCCCAUGAUGUCAUUAAAUUUUACUGUCGAGGAGAUUAAACAGAAAUACCCCCGUAUGAACAGGGGUUUUGAUUCUCAUGGACGACUCGAAGUUAAUGUACAGCCCAAAGAUGGACACAAAAUACCAUUGCAAAAUCUCUCAUCCAUUGGAAUGACUAUUGCAAAACUAUAAUGAUGUACCACUUAGACACCUGUGUAAUAUAUACACUUGUAUCUGGAUAUAUCUAUCUAACAGACAUACUAUUUAUCAUAUACCUCGUACAGAUUAGUUGGGCAUUACGAGUAAUUAGAAAAUGAAGCUACAACCAGAUCCAUUAUAGUCCUUUUCCAGCCUACUUAAUUAUAUUCACCUGUGAUCUUUUAAUUUAAGUUACAGGUUGGCACAAAGGUAACAAACCUAUAAGAUAUGACCCUUUUAGGACGGAUACUUUUGUUUCGAUGUGAAAGUUUGUACAUUAUUAUAAUAUUUAGAAAUACAUAGCAUUUUACUCCCAUUUUUAAGGACUAUAAGUAAUCAGGUAUUUUGACUGCAAGUGGUUGUUGUAUUUUAUAUAUGUUUUUCCAAUUUACAUGUAUUUUACAUCUACCGAUAUCUUAUCGAAUAUCUACUUAAUAAAAACGGUAAGAGAAUGAGACCAUAAACAGUUCUAUAUAAUAACUACUGUGUACUGUAGCAAUAAGACAUAAACCCUUGCCUGGUAAUAUACUUUUAAGUAUCUUCCAGCCUGUAAAUAAUUCUUUCCAGAAGCCAAAUCAUCCAUUUUCUAAUAUAACAUAUAUCCAUUGAUUACGGGUAUUUUCAAAAGAUAUUCAGAGUAAUUGAGGGAAAUAGUUCCAUGUUUGAUUUCUAUAUUGAUUGUUUGCUGUAGAAGUUUUCUCUGGUGAUCUGGUACUGGGUUAAAUUUGAUGCUGCAUGUAAAAAAAAAAUGGAUAAUUAAGGGUACGAUAAGGACAGAUCCACUGCCUGCCACAUACCAUCCUCGCUAGCCAAGUGUUCGCUUCAUUUUAAGUGCAGUGUAUACGAAGCGAACACUUGGCUAGCGAAGAUGGCCACAUACUGAUAAUUUUGUUUGCUGAAGAUUUACACAAGUGGAUGACUUUUUCUCAACUGUAAAGAUAUAUAUAACAUAAUUUAUAAAUAUGGAAAAUAAAAACUUACGUAUAUUUUGCAAUAUUUUGAAUUGACUUGAUG